UGACAGAUUUCCCCAUCCUAGGAACACAAAUGCAAAAGCUAUAAAUAGGGCUACUGACAUUUGCACAGUUGACUUUUUAUCAAAAUUACAAAACAAUUUAGUUUGCAAAUUUUCAAAUGGCUAUCAGGUUCAGAAUCCAAUGGGGUUCUCCUUCGUUUUUACUUGAUGACUUCAUAAAAGAUAAAUAAGCCCUCGGACCAAUAGGUGGGUACAUUGGCACGGUUAACUCUCUCGCCCCAGAAAUUCCACUCGGCUGAAAAGAUUAUUAUUUGGGGGCGGGAAAGGGGGAGAUGCAGAGGUCUUUAGGACCCAGCAGGCGGCGGCAGGCGGCAGUUGUGUAGAUCACUGAGAGACUACGAGGGUCCGGUUCAGUUUUAAUUCUGUCUCUAAUCUCUGCAACAGCCGCUCUUCCUGGGUCCCGCGGCUCUCCUACCCACUCAGCCGCGGCUGGCAGCCGGGCGAAAAUCAGAGCCGCCCGCCCCCCCAUCACCCACCAUGGAAACCCUCCAAGAAAAAGUGGCUCCGGACGCGUGUGCCUGAGGAUUCCUCACAAAAGAGGUGCCCAAAAUGAAGACCCUGAUGCGCCAUGGUCUGGCUGUGUGUUUAGCGCUCACCACCAUGUGCACCAGCUUGUUGCUCGUGUACAGCAGCCUCGGCAGCCAGAAGGAGCGGCCCCCGCAGCAGCAGCAGCAGCAGCAGGCAGGGGCGACCGGCAGCGCGCAGCCGUCGGCGGAGAGCAGCCCCCCCUCGAGACCCCGGAUCCCCGCGGCACCGCGGCCGUUGGACGGAUACCUCGGCGUGGCGGACCAUAAGGUGGCUUCCGGGUUCACUGUGCCACGUAUAUCAAGACAUCACAAGGGGACAGAGAGUGGAGAAGGCACCUGCUUCUUAAGUUCUCCAAUGACUUCUGUUCCAAUUUCAUUGGGACGCACACGACACCCCUGGAGGCAUGGGGACAAGGAAUGUGGUUCCUGACUAAGCAACCACUUCCAUCUAUGACUACACUGGGGGAGGGAAGCAUGAAUUUUGGUGGAAAGUCUAUCACACCUGAAUGAGGAAAGAAAAGCUUAUUUACCCUUCAGCAAUAACUUCUCAGAGCAGUCUAGCACCUCAUUUUGAAGCAUGGUUGAGGAAUGAGUUUUAUGAACAAAUGAGGCUUAAAAUAAAAUAACAUAAGCAUAGUCCCUUUUAGCACCAAAUUGUAUUUGUCUAAAUUAUUCCUGAAGGUUCCAAAUUGAUUUUAUACAUUCCUACCUAAGUGAACAAAGCUUAACUUAAUUUAAGCUUUUCUUGAUGAUUUAGGAUCCCCAUUAU